AUUAGUUUGUAGUUUAUAGAACUAUUCUGAUGUUUUUAUUUAUUUGGCAAUUGUUAGGUAAUAUUUAGCUGCUGCUUAUGAGAGCUAAGAAAAAUACGCUGAAUGUGUGAGUGUUGGUAUUUUGGGUUAAUUUGUAAGUUUGAUGAAAUACGUACCCUCUUAAAGUUUGUAGUUCGCAGGAAACGCUGCUCGUGACAACAAAAAGACGUUUUUCAUCCCCUGUGGUUUUGAUGAUCAUCUGAAGGUGGAGUUUGAACAGCAGUUUGAACAGUUCUACGAGAAAGUCACCAUCCUGUUCAUGUUGUAUCACUUCAAUUGGAGCUUGACACCAUGGAACACAGAGCAGCAACAUGUCCUCUUUGUUUUUUUCAGGCAGUUCUGAAUAGCAUGUUAUCCAGUGGUAUGAAGGUGGAGUUUGAAGGACAGCUUGAACAGUUGUACGAAAAGGUGACCAUCCUGUUCAUGGUGUAUUUCUUCAAUUGGAGCUUGACACCAUGGAACACAGAGCAGCAACAUGUCCCCCACAGUUUAUACAUUUGUAGAAGAAGGUGACCAGUUUUCUCAGGUAGUUAGCCUGAGAUUUCAUCUCCUGAAGAUUGAAGAAAAUAUUAAAAAUUAGUUUGUAGUUUAUAGAACUAUUCUGAUGUUUUUAUUUAUUUGGCAAUUGUUUGGUAAUAUUUAGCUGCUGCUUAUGAGAGCUAAGGAAGGAGUGUUGGUGUUUUGGGUUAAUUUGUAAGUUUGAUGAAAUACGUACCCUCUUAAAGUUUGUAGUUCGCAGGAAACGCUGCUCGUGACAACAAGAAGACGUUUUUCAUCCCAUGUGGUUCUGAUGACUAUUUUUAGAGAGAGAAUGCAUUGAUGAGGACAAUGAAUUAUCCAGUGGUAUGGAGGUGGAGUUUGAGGGGUAGGUCGGACAGUUGUACGAGAAGGUGACCAUCCUCUUAGGCAGGUGGCCUAAGAUUUCACCUCCUGAAAAUUGAAUAAAAUAUUAGGUAUAAUAGUAUCUGGGCAAAGGAAAUUACGCUGGUGCUUUUAUUUAUUUGUCAACCGUUAUGGAAUAUUUAGUUGAAUGUGUGAACUGUAUUACGUAGCUCUUACAAAAUACGUACCCUUUUAAGGUUUGGAGUUGGAAGGAAACGCUGUCCGGGACAACAAAAAGACGUACUUCAUCUUGUGUCGUUUUGAUGAUCACUUUAAGAGACAAUGCCUAAAUGAGGAUAACGAAGACGUCUCUAUCGUUUGAUCUUCCUAUGAACCGCACGUCCGUCUGUAAAUUUAUAUUUUAAACAUGUGUUUAUAUAAUUACUGUUAUAUUAAUUUGUAGUAGAUCAUAUAGAUCACGUACUUGCCUUCUUUCAAUUCUUUAAUGAUUAAAGCUUAUGCUUCUUAUUUAAAACAAUGUUACUGUUUAUAAUAUACUGUUAUAUUUGUUGUCUUGGUUAUUCUUGUAUUUUUCUUCAUUUCUUCUUAACUUGGUUUUCGUCAUAGAAGUAGUAUCUUUGGUCAAGAGAUGGCGUUCAUUUCGCUGCGCAUGCGCAAUUGAGGAAAGUUGUGUCUUUGAUAUGUUAUUUCUUAUUAUAUUAUAAAAUUUAAUUUAUCACAGUUUAUUAAAUAAACCAUAUUAUAAUUAAAACAAUUGUGUGUAAAACUCCUAUUACAAUACAAAAAGCAAAAGUGUUAUGUAUAGUCAAAUUUUUUCCUGCGCAUGCGCAGUUUGGCAAAGUUGUGUGAUUGAUUAUUUUUAUUUUAUUAUAGUAUAAAAUCAAAUUAAUUAUAGUUCAUGAGAUAAACUAUAUUAAAUUUAAAAAAAUUGUAUGUAAAACUUCUAUUAAAAGAAAAUUACCGAAAAUGUUGUGUAUAGUUGAAAUAAGCUCACGCGCAUUAGGCCACCUGACUGCUUUGAGUACGACGGACGGGCUGCGGGCUGCAUGCAACGCCGGUGACGCCCCGCGCCGCUGCGUCCCUUUCGCGCUGACCACAAAGUAGGAACCAGGUACCGGUAUGUCAAGUCCAGCAGACGACGCGGCGGCGGGUGGCGGGCACUGGCACUGCCGGCGCCGCCCCGCGCGGGCCGAGCGGAGAAACUCUGCCGAGGCGAAGGUGGCCGCCAGGCAAAGGCACUCGCCGUCUGAACGCGGCGGAUGCGUCAGGUACCCGCGACUCGGGCGUAGGUUUGCCGCGCGAGGAAAACGCGACGCUGUUGCUUAUUCGGUCUCCGACGGGUGUGUCGCCGACUUACUGCAUACGUCAGGGAGCAGAUCAGCAGUCAUCAGACGAACGUCUUGAGCCCUGCCGACCGGUCGUGUGGCGGCAGCAGCAGCAGCAGCAGGUGGUGUCACUGCCCCGGAGGGAUCUGCCAAACAAUCGCCACCAUGUCGUGCUGCUGCAGAGCGGGAGGCGCCUUCCUGCUCCGGGCGACCAUCUUGAUCGGCCUCGCCUCCGUCGUCACCACCAUCAUCUACUUCACGCCCGUGCCAAACCCGUACUACGCCUCGUGCGACCGGCCGUGCCACGAGCUGGACUCGCCCAUGAUCUGCCGCUACAAGCUGAGCCUGGAGCAGUACGAGACGCUGGGGCCGGCGUGCGGCCAGUGCCCGGCCAACCGCAGCCACUGCGACGCGGCGCAGUGCGUGCCCGGGGACAUGACGCGCCGCGCCGUGCUCACGGCCAACCGCAUGCUGCCGGGGCCGGCGCUGCGCGUCUGCGAGAACGACAUCGUGGUGGUGGACGUGCUGAACCGCGCGCCAGGCCAGGCGCUGGCCGUGCACUGGGGCGGCCAGAGCCCGCGCGAGUUCCCCUGGAUGGACGGCGCGCCGCAGGUCACGCAGUGCCCCAUCAACACGCACACCGUCUUCCAGUACAAGUUCCGCGCCUCGGCCGCCGGCACGCACCUGUGGGCCGCGACGGGCUCGCCGCAGGCCGAGGCCGUGUUCGGGCCGCUCGUCGUGCGCCAGGCGGACGCGCGCGACCCGCACCGCCAGCUCUACGACGAGGACGUGCACCUGCUGACCGUGUCCGCCUUCGGCGGCUCCCUGCUGGUCAACGGGCGCGCCGAGCAGCAGGCGAGCGCGCCGCUGGUCCGCGGCCGACGCUACCGACUGCGCCUGCUGCACGGCGGGGGCACUCCAGAGGUCGCGGGGCGGCCAGCGCCCGGCCCGCUCCCAGGCCCGGUCACCGUCUCCGUGUCGGGCCUUGCGCUGCUCGUGGUCGCCGUCGACGGGCACGCCGUCCGCCCGCGCAGCACCCGCGCGCUCACGCUGUGGCCCGGGGAGCGCGUCGACGCGGUGCUGAGCGCGGACCAGCCGCCCGCCGCCGCCGCGGCCGCGUACCGCCUCGUGGUGCAGAGCGUCGGCGGCGGGCUCACCGAGGCCACCAUCGACCUUCCGUUUAAGGAGCAGGAGAAGAGACAGAGGCGAGCUCAGUACCCUUCCACCCCCGCCCCUGAGCUGGCCGACGUGGAGGUGGUCGACUCGCUGGAGGCCACCGACUUGGAGGGCCUGGACGCGCUGCCGGAGGAGCUGUCGCAGGACGACGUGGACGUGCGCCUGUACCUGCCCUUCGACUUCCACCCCGUCGCCGGGCUGCGCGGCGACCUGAGCGGGCCGCAGCCGCCCGGCAAGCCCGGCUCGGGCCGGCCGCCGCUCAGCCCCGCGGACCUGCCGUGGCCGCGCGCCGUGCCGCGCAUGUGCAACAUCUCGCUGGCGCUGCCCGCCUCGCCGCUCCUCACGCAGCCCCGCGACGCCGAGAGGUACGACGGCGAGGGCGGCGCGGCCGUGUGCCGCGGGGACCGGCGGCCGGCCGCCUGCCCGUCGCACCUGCACGGCCAGGCCGACCACUCGUGCGAGUGCGCGCACGUCAUCCGGGUGCCGCUCGGCAGCUCCGUCGAGCUGGUGCUCGCCGACCAGGGUGGCGACGGCGGUCGCGCGCACGUCUUCCGUCUGCACGGCCACAGCUUCUGGGUGGUGGGGCGCGGCCACAAGCCCGCGGGGGCGCCCGGGGAGGAGCCCCAGCGCGGCUCCUGGGAGGCGCUGGCCGCGGCCGACCGCCAGGGCAGGCUCCUGCGGCGCCACCUGCUCCGCCCAGUGCGCAAGGACGUCGCCAGCGUGCCCGCGCACGGGGCCUGCGCGCUCAGGUUCAUCGCAGACAACCCUGGGUACUGGCUGCUUCGCGAACAGUCCUUCUAUCGGUCGUCGUCCGGGCUGGGCGUCAUCCUGCAGGUCGGGGAGGAGAGCGAUCUACCCCCCAUCCCAAGCGACUUCCCCAAGUGCGGCAGCUUCAUCGGACCCGAAUUCUUCCUCAUGUGAUCCGUCGAAUCACAGUUUAAUUUAUUAGUUGGCAACAGAUGUUGAACGAGCAUUUGAAUCGAUGUUAUCGAAAUUUAACUAUUUUCGUUUUGCUCAAAGGGGAGGCCAUGAUCAGUAUUAUCUGUGAUUAAGGUAACAUUAGUAAAGUAAUGUUACAUUGUAGUUUACAAAUUAAGUGAGUAUGGCCCAGUGAUGGUUUUAGAAGCAGUUUUUUUUCUGUGCAGUGUGUUGUGUAUUUACCUUUUGUGAUAGUAAUGUUAUUGUAAUAAUAAUGAUAUACGGAGAAAAUA